AUGGGCUGGUUCCCCACGGCCAGAAACGACCAGAAUGGCUGGCAAUUCGACAUCCUCACCCUUCUCGCCGUCCUCGGCGAGUCCAUCAUGGAGAAACAUGUCCUGCCCAUUACUGCGUCUUCCUUCGCCGCAUUACCCCGUCUCCUCCCUGCUCCGCAGACGGCGCUGAGCACAGAGCGGCGAUCCCGACUACCCUCCGUGCCGGACGUUGUGGUGGCCGGGGUCCAUUCCGGCUCGUAUUUCACGGAGCUGAACUACUUCGCGGACGUCUUGCAUAAUGUCCGGUCGUUGAAGCCGUAUGAGUUUCGCGUGUAUGAGGUGUCGUAUUCAGAGAACAACGGCAGCCAGCGCAGCCGGCGAUGGUGGCCGAGAGGCAGCGGCUUCUUUGGAAAGGGAGGCGGCGAUGGCCAUACACAGCCUGGAGAUGUCGAAACACGACCAGCGUAUGCCAUGACGUUCGCCACAACAUUGCCCCCCGAGGAAAUAAACCUGCCCGUCAAACCGUUCAGUCCGUUGAAUCUGGUAACCUAUGUCUCGGUGCUGAUCACGCUCGGCCUGUUCAUCGCGUCGAUAAUCCUGCACGACGGCGUCUCGGCGCUCGCUCUCGUCACCAUGUCCAUCUCAACCAGCCUGGGCUGCCUCUCCUCGCAAUGGCGGCCGAUGCUGACCCGACGACCCGUGUCCUCCGAUGUGCCGCCGGGAGACGUCGUGAUCAAUACCCGAGCCGGCGCGUUCGUGGUCGUCAAAUGCGACGAGGACAUCACCCGCGAGCUAUACGGGGGCGUGCAGACCUGCAACUACGUCUUCAGCAGCUGGACCCACCGGGUACUACUGGGGUUCAGCACCGUGCUGCUUAUGGCAUCUGUCCUGCUCUUCAGCAACUGCAAAUGGACCAUGCAGGCCGCCACGGCCGUGACCUACAUCGUCCUGAAUGUCAUGUACUGGGCCAUCCCGAUGGUCAUGCACGACCGCGACACGUGGGAUAUGAGCCGGUACAAUUUCCGAAGGUGUUUGGAUCGGGAGCCUGGCUAUACAAAGGAGCCCAGCUACACGCAGGCACUGUGGUAUGCCAUCCGGGAGACACGGGAGAUUGAGUGGGUAGAGCAUGCGAAGCUAGCGCCCAAUUCGCCGUAUUGGAAGAUGUGGCUGCAGGAGGCCAAGGAGAACAUUGACAAUGAGGGUUGGGAUCCGGUCGAGGCGAAGAAUGCCUUGAUGAGGGAGGCUAGGAGAGUGGCUCUUCUCUCGCGGGCAAAUGCCGCCACGACAGGGCCGCCGUGA